AUGGGAGGAGCCGCCCAGUUCGUCGCGGGAAUCAUGCAGUUUCGCGUCGGCAACACGUUUGGAAGCACAGUGCAUUGUUCAUACGGUGCCUUUUGGCUCAGUUAUGCCAUCUUCCUGAUCCCGUUGCUCGAUAUAAAAGGGGCCUACAAGGGCGAUGAGCGCGCUUACACGUUUGCCCUUGGGAUCUACCUGAUUCUAUGGUGCUUCCUGACGAUAGUGUUCUUUGUCGCUGCAUUGCGGACCAACGUCUCGAUCCUGCAGGUCUUGUUCUUUCUAACACUCUCCUUCCUCACGCUCUCUCUCGCCAAAUUCCUGACGACGGAGCAUCCUACGGCAGCGGUCCGGGUAAAUGAGUGUGGAGGGCCCUUUGCGACAGUCAGCGCGUUUGCUGCUUUCUAA